AUGUUCAAGUUAUUCAAUAGAAUCCCUAAAUCAUCCUUUAGAAGUGGAUUCCAACCUAGAUUGACUUACCAACCUGUAAGUAUCAGAUUCAUAUCUACUGAGAUCAAAGACGCCAUUCAAAAAGCCGUUGAUUCAAGUAAAAUCGUUCUUUUCAUGAAAGGUACACCAGAAUUCCCCCAAUGUGGAUUUUCAAGAGCAAGUAUUCAAAUCUUAGGUCAACAAGGAGUUGAUCCUGAGAAAUUCGCUGCUUAUAAUGUAUUAGAAGAUCAAGAAUUAAGAGAAGGAAUCAAAGAGUUCAGUAAUUGGCCAACUAUUCCUCAAUUAUACGUUGAUGGAGAAUUCAUUGGAGGUUGUGAUAUUAUAAUGUCCAUGGCUAAGAGUGGAGAACUUGCUGAGUUAUUAGAGAAUUCUGAUUGUUUGGUGCCAGAAGAACCAGAGUUGGAAUCCAAUGUCCAACCACAAGAAAGAAAUUAG